AUGGCUGUCAACCCGUUCGGGUUCACCAAGGGACCGGUCACCUUCUGGCUGAUUGUUGUAUACGCAGCCUUCCUGAUCCCGCUUGUUUGGAUUCACGAGACUGUUCCCAACUUCAAGCCAACCGACGGACUGAACGUCACCGAGGCGUGGCACGACCUGACGACCAUCACGAGGCAGUACCACCCGUACAACAGCCGUGCCAACGAUGAGGUCGGCAACUUCCUGCUGAAGCGGAUCGAGGAGAUUCUGAACCGAAAUGGUGUCGAAUGGACCAAGGAAAAGGAUGCUGGCGGCAUUGUGCGAACCAAGGCUCUUGUCGAGACAUCUACCUCGCCGGUUGACAAGAUAGCCUCCCAGGGUCCUCGCGUCGCCGUGUUUGACGACACGAUCUCGAAUAUAUCCUACAACGGCAGAGAAACUGGCCACUACUUUGAAAGCACGAACAAGCUCGUGUACAUCCGGGGCACCGAAGACGAGGAUGGCGAGUGGUGGAAACGUGAUCAAGGCCGCAAGAUUGGCAAGGGCGGUGUCCUCGUCAAUGCUCACUAUGACAGUGUUUCCACUGGUUAUGGCGCAACUGAUGACGGUAUGGGGUGCGUCAGUAUACUCCAGAUGCUCGACUACUACACGAAGAAUGUCACGGGUCGUCAGCCCAAGCGUGGCAUUGUUCUCCUUCUCAACAACGGCGAAGAGGAUGGCCUUUACGGAGCCAUGGCAUACGUCCAAAGCCCUCUGUACUAUUUCACCACCACGUUCGUCAAUCUUGAGGGUGCCGGCGCAGGCGGACGAGCAAUUUUGUUCCGCGCCACCGAUUUGGAAGUCGUCAAAGCAUACAAUCAUGCGCCACAUCCUUUCGGCUCUGUCGUUGCUUUCGAUGGAUUCCAGUUGGGCCUCAUUAAGAGUGGAACCGAUUAUAGUGUAUGGAAGGACAACUUUGGCCAGCGUGGUCUGGACAUCGCCUUCUACCGUCCUCGCGCCAGAUACCACACCAACCAGGACGACACCCGCCAUGCGUCCAGAGAGAGCAUGUGGCACAUGCUGACCAACUCCCUGGCAGCUGUCGACCAUCUCCAGAAAGACACGUCCUCCUUCACCGGUGAUUCACCAGCAGAAGGAGACAAGAGGAAGGUGUCAAGUGGCCAUCCCACCGAGGGCGCCUGGUUCGACAUGUUUGGACAGGGCUUCGCCGCUUUGGAGCUGCGUGGCCUCUUCGCAUGGGCUUUGACUCUGCUCAUCGUGACACCAUUGAUUCUUGUCCUCGUCAGCUACCUCUUGUCCCGAAAUGACAAGUACUACUACUUCUCUCGCAACGCCAAGGUCGACGCAGACGAUGCGUCCAUCUCCCUUGGAGGGUGGAAGGGUUUCUUCCGAAUUCCGCUUGCCUUCGUCUUUUCCGCCGGUCUGACGCUUGCUGCGGCUUUCUUGACCCACAAAGUCAAUCCCGAGAUCAUCUACAGCAGUGAAUAUGUAGUCUUCUGGCUGAUCUCGAAGGGAGCAAGCUCCAUGAGACCCAGCGGUCUCCAGAGAGGAUAUGCCCACAUCUGGCUGUUCAUAUUCAGCUGGACUCUUCUGGUUGCUGCAACGGUCCUCAUCGAUCGAUUCAAAAUUGCCGGCGUCUAUCCACUGGCCUUUUUUCACUCGGCCGUGUUUGUCGCGGCACUGAUCAGCCUCUUGGACCUUUUCGCUUUGCCGGCGAAGAAGGAUUUUGCCGAAGCAGCCUACCACGACCAACAAAAUCGCGAUGAUGUUGCCGAAGUUCCCAACUCGGAUGCUCUGAUUUCUCCCGCACCAAGCGAGACCGCCUCUCGCGCACCUGCGGAAGAACAAACCGGAGAGCCGACGGAGACCAGUGCUCUGUUGGGCGGGGAGAAUGCAAACCAUGGCACGAUUCGACAGACUUUCACUUCGGGCUACCGACGAUCUAACGCAGCCGCUGCGGGCAGCGACAGCGAUUCCAAAGCAAAGGAAGAUGCCCAGUCGCCGCAGGAGAAGGAACAGCCAUGGGCCGCCAAGUUGCCCUCGUGGACCUGGAUUGUUCAACUUCUGGUACUGGCGCCGAUCAACAUUGUGGUUUUCAGUCAAAUCGCGCUCUUCAUCACGUCUGCGUUAAACCAAGUCAGUGCAGAUGGUAUCGAUUCGCUGUGGUCGUACCUGAUCCUGGCUGUCUUCAGUGUUUUCCUUCUCCUGCCAGUCAUCCCUUUCAUUCACCGGGUCACAUACCAUCUGCCUGUGCUGUUGGUCUUCCUCUUUGCCAUCACCCUUGUCUACAAUCUGGUUGCGUUUCCAUUUUCCUCGGAAAGUCGUCUCAAGGUCAGGUUCCAGCAGUCUGUCCAACUGCAAGACGAGUCCUCGUUCGUUCACAUCACCGGCAUCGAGAAGUAUGUUCGCGAGAUGAUUAGGGAGCUUCCUUCAGCUGUCGGCCAAGAUAUUUCAUGUCACCCAUCUCGACUCGAACUCCAUGAAUGCGUGUAUAACGCAACGGCCCUGCUGCCCAAGAUAACAAGCAGCCUAUCCAACGACUCGGCCAAAAACAAGUACGCUGACCUUAUCACCUUCAACGUGAGCCGCUCGAACUCGAGCGACUACAAGGCCACGGUUGAAAUCGAUGCCAAAAAGUCCAAGUCUUGUACGUUGUCGUUGUCUGACGAGGUCUCAGCUUGGCACGUCCACGAAAACGCUGGAAUUGAGACCGUUUUGGGGAAGCCAGAAGGGUCUCCGGUGACCAACAUCGUCCUUUGGCGCAGAGAUUGGUCAAAGCCUUGGACUGUGGACUUGGAAUGGGCCAAAGGUGGCCCGAAGGUCAUCGCUGCGUCUUCGCCCUCGGCAGAUUCUCCAGCCUCCGCCGUUGGUCCAGACGCCCAUGAAGAGCUCCGACUCCGUCAAACAGACGGCCCUCUGUCUGAUCUACCCCGGCUUAGGGGUAAGAUUAGCUGCGCAUGGAGUGACGCAAACGUUUUGGGCACCAUUCCUGCGUUUGACGAAGCUUUGCAAUAUGCCCCAGAAUGGAUUGCGGUCACCAAGAAUGCCGCUGCUCUCGUCGAGGGCUACCAGAGCAUUAAGAUCUGA